AUGAAACGUCUCUUUCAUGCUGGAAUUUAUGAUAAACACUGGACAAUCAUUCAGAGUAUGCACACAAAUGCAACAAGUGCAGUUAAAUGGAAUGGCAAAACUUCAGAGCUAUUUAAUGUACUACAAGGAGUACGCCAGGGAGGGGUCCGAAGUACGGAUCUAUACAAGCUUUACAUCAAUCCUCUACUUAACAUGCUGGAAACAUCAAAUUUAGGAUGUAGAAUCGGAAAUAUACUCUGCAAUACUAGCGCAUGUGCAGAUGAUGUCGCACUCAUGAGCAAAAAGACGACCGAUAUGCAAGUACAAAUCAAUAUGGCAAACACUUUUGCUGGCAUGGAAGGAUAUAAACUACAGCCCCAAAAAAGCGUCGCUAUUAACAUCAAACCUAAGCCAUCAAAGAAAGACACGCUACUAGAAGAAUAUACAUUAAAUGAAGCUAUUAUGCCGAGAGUUGACUCAGCUAUGCAUUAA